UCCUCAAAUUUUGCCGUGGAACAAUUGAAACAAUUUAGUUUUAAAGACUAGACCAUGAAUUCAUUUAGGAAAUUUGACAAUGUUAGAGAGGAAAUGGAAAAAAUCAAACGAGGGUUUCAAAACCGCCAUCUUGGCAUGAGAGAAGAAAACGGCGAAAGUGUAAGCAUCAAGGUGGACUGUGGGGUUAACUUGUCCAACGGAAAGAACUUUUCCACAAGACAGCCGAUAGCUGGGCGAAACACCAGGGCAGAUAAAAAAAAAUCCCUUUGCCAGUUUAGCCUACCAGAAAUACGAUAAAUACGAUGAGAUCUUGGCCAAGUGCCAAAGAGACGGCAUACUGUUUGAAGAUCCCGAGUUCGAAGCUGUGGAUACUUCAAUUUUCUUCAGUAGUGCUUCUUCUCAACAAUAUGAAUGGAAGCGUCCUGGUGAAAUCUGUGACAACCCGCAAUGGAUCUCCCAAGGUGCCAGUAGAUUUGAUGUACGUCAAGGGAAUUUAGGUGCCUGCUGGCUCCUGGCUGCUGUUGCCUCUCUCACCUGCAACCCAAAGUUGUUUGAAAAUGUGGUGGACUCUCGACAAUCUUUUACAGAUAACUAUUGUGGUAUUUUUAAGUGAAUGGCAGGAAGUGGUUGUGGAUGACAGGUUGCCAACUUACAGAAACCAAUUGGUAUACAUGUACUCUUCAGAGAAAAAUGAAUUCUGGAGUUCUCUUUUGGAGAAAGCUUAUGCCAAGUUGAUGGGCUCCUAUGAAUCUCUGAAUGGUGGACUCGCUAUUGAGGCUAUGGAAGACUUCACUGGUGGUGUGACUGAAAUGUUUGAAAUACGGAAGACACCACCUAACCUUCUCAACAUCAUGUUGAAAGCUAAUGAGCGUGGCUCCCUCAUGGGAUGCUCUAUAGAUGCUGAUCGAAAUAGAAAAGAAAAAGAACUACCAAAUGGUCUUAUCACGAGGCAUGCUUACAGUGUUACCAGUGUUGUAAUGGUUGACAUCCAGACAGUCAGUGGGAAAGAUAAGGUACCUCUGGUAAGAGUUCGCAACCCUUGGGGCUAUGGCAAAGAAUGGAAAGGUGCUUGGUCUGAUGGGUCAAGAGAGUGGUCUUUGCUAAGUGAAGAUGAAAAAAGAGAGCAUGGAAUUACAUUUUCAGAUGAUGGAGAAUUUUGGAUGUCUUUCCAAGACUUCACUGCCAACUUUCAAAAACUUGAAAUCUGUAACUUGGGUCCAGACUCUCUAGAUGAAGAAGAUUUGUCUAACAAGAAGAAAUGGGAAUGUUACAAGGAACAUGAUGCCUGGAUAAAGAGAGUCAAUGCUGGGGGAUGCAGAAACAGUUUAGAUACUUUUUGGACCAACCCUCAGUUCCGUAUGACAUUGACUGAUGUUGAUGAUGAUGAUAAUGAUGAUAUGUGCACAGUCAUUGUGGCUGUUUUACAGAAGGACAGGCGUAAGGAAGGUUUGGAUCUACUGCAAAUUGGUUUUGAAAUCUACAAGCUUGAAGAUCCCAACUGUGGACCACUAGAUUUGAACUUCUUUAAAUACAAUAACUCAGUGGCCCAUUGCCCAAAAUUUAUUAACAGAAGAGAAAUAUGUGGCAGAUUUAAGCUGCCUCCAGGCUCAUAUGCAAUCAUACCAUCUACAUAUGAACCUCAUUAUGAAGGAGAGUUUUUGCUAAGAAUUUUUACUGAAAAAGCAAAUGUCUCUGGAGAGAUUGAUGAACAAACUAGUCUUGAUGAUGAUGUUACAGGAAAUAAGUUGCCCGAUGUACCUAAGGAAUAUACUGAGCCAACAGAUCAGGAAAGAGCCCAAGCUGAUGCUCUUAAACAAAGCUUCAAAUAUAUUGCUGGUGAAGACAUGGAAAUUGAUGCUUAUGAGUUACAGGAAUUACUCAAUAAUGUUUUUGGAAAAGAAUUCCCAUUUCCUGGAUUUGGUGUUGAUACAUGCAGAAGUAUGGUGGCCAUGCAUGAUGGUGACCUAUCUGGAAAACUUGGCUAUGAUGAGUUUAAAAAUCUUUGGGAAGAUCUGAGAAGAUGGAAAGGUGUGUUCAAAGAGUUUGAUAAGGACAAGAGUGGUAAUUUGUCGUCAUAUGAGCUCAGGAAUGCUCUAAAUCAUGUUGGUUUCCACAUCAGCAAUAGAACAUUUAAAUCAUUGGUCAUGCGUUAUAGCAAUAAAAAUGGCCAGGUAGACUUUGGAGAUUUUAUCAUGUGUGCCAUCAGGUUGAAGACAAUGCUCACUUCUUUCAGAGGUCAUGAUCCACAGAACAGAGGUUUUGCACCUUAUGAUAUUGACAGCUUUAUUCAAAUCACAAUGUAUUCCUAAAAAAAAACUCAAGAAUUUGUCAUCAAUAAAAUGUUCCGAGAUGAUUUACUACAACAAGAAUUUGGUGUCUUUAACUGAGUUUUAUUUAUGUGUUUUUAAGACAAAGUGUACAUUUCUUUAUAUCUCAAUGAAUCUACUAAAAGUUUAUCUUCUCAUUUUUCAUAAUUGCCAAUAUAUAUAUAUACUUUCUCAAACAAUUUUAUUUGAAAAUAUAGCUUGAGAAAGUGAAGGGUUUAAUAUUUUAAACUGUAUUGCCUAAUUUAUAGCUGGAACUGAAAUGUCUGUUGAAAAGUAAAUAUUUUAAUUGACCUAAUUUGAAUUGUUAGUAGAUGUUUAAAACCAUAUACAGCUCAAUAGUUAUGUUUGGUUUGAAUGAUGAACAUUUACUGUGUUACUAAAUGAGUUUAUUGCUUAGAUCAGGUUAAAGUCAAAGCUAGAUAUGGUAAUUCUAUAUUUAAACUUACAAACAUUAAAGUCUUUUUCUAGAUUUUUUAUUUCAUAUUUCUAAAUAGUUUUCUCUAUUAAAAGCUUGUAAAGGAUAUAGAUCUAUUUCCUAAAAUCUUUCCUUUGAUUAGACAGGAAAAGGGAUAAAACAUUAAAAUCAAGAAUUACUUUGGAAAUAUCAAUAAUUUUGAUUGUAUUUUCUGUACACAGUUUAUAUACAACAAAUGUUGUUUUUUUAAAUUUUAUUUUAUGAGGUUUCAUCUAAUUUUUACAACUUGUUAUCAUCUUCACAAUUUAAAUGGACUUUUAUUCAAUGAUUUUAUUGUUGCGAAAAAAUAUAUUUAACUUAUAGUGAAAUAACUAUUGUCUAAGACUUUGCGUUUCUGUAUAAUGUUCUAAUAAAUAUAUAUAUAUAACAUUGAAUCUUUUUUUUUUUUUAAUAUUGAAAUAUCUAACUCUCUAGAUGUGCAUCUUUUUUUUAUUUUAACGUGUCAUUCACUAUUUCAAACAACAAGAAAACUUUAUCAGCAUAUUAAAAAAAGCAUUUUGUAUAUUUGAUAUUACUGAAACUUCUUCUUCUUAUAUAAUACAGACGUUACUUCAAAAAAGAAGAUGAUUACGUCCUACGCGUCAUGCAUUUAGUCAUGCAUAUUAACCAAUGACUUAAAUUCUGCCAAGUCACUGGUUUUCCUGGCUAGCUCAGGCAACCCAUUCCAUGCUCUAAUAGCACUAGGGAAGAAGGAGUAUUUGUACAAAUUUGUCCUAGCAUAUGGGACGAGGAAUGUGCCUUUAUCUUUGUGUCUUUCAGAGUAUUUUAUUAAAUUUUGUUUUUGUAUUUGAAGAUUAUGGUUCAGUGUUUUAUGUAUUAUUGCUACUUUACUUUUGAGCCUUCUGUCCUGAAGGCUUUCUAAAUUUAGUGAUUUUACUAAAGGUGUUACUCUAGUCAAAUGUGAAUAUUCUUUUGUUAUGAAUCGCACUGCUCUAUUUUGUGUCUGUUCUAGUUUCUUAAUGUUUUCUUGAGUUGAGGGGUCCCAAAUGGAGGAUGCAUAUUCUAUUAUUGGCCUAACCAAGGUUAAAUAACAUUUUAGUUUUAUGUUCUUAUUUGAUUUAUAGAAAUUUCUUUUAAUAAAUCCUAAUGCUUUGUUUGAUUUUUUUGUAGUUUCAUCAAUAUGUGGAUUCCAUGACAGUUUUUCAUUUAUUAUAACACCUAGGUAGCUUCUGCAACUGAGUUGGUUCCAAAUGUAAUGCGAUGCGUUCCUUUGGAUCACAUCAGCAAGGUCGAGAGAGGGAUCAUGACGCAUGGGCCACCCAUGACCCCUUUAUCCAAGGCCCAGGAAUGCGCCCCGGAGAGGAAACUCUGGUGCUGCUGCAAAGCGGCUAAAACAACACGGGAGAUAUAUAUAGAGAUUGAUACAGAGAAACAAGAUGGACAUACCUGAUUAAAUUCUGGAGGGUCAACAGAUGAGCCAGCAUCUCCACCACAAUGGAAACAAACAAUCUGUUCUACCAACUGUUUCUUCUUGUCUAUCAUGCCAUCGCUUGGGACAUCUGAGAGAAAACAUCGCAAGAGUUAUUGACCUUCAAAUGAUAGGAGAUAGGAGCAAUUAAUAAUUUGGUCUGUGUGAAUAUGCUAACAAAAUUUCAAGUCAACCCUUAACUAAUUAAAACACAAUUGAUUCAUGUUGAUCAAAUUUAGUAUGAAUAUGUUUCUACAGCAGCACAAGGGAAUUCAGAGGGAAGAUGUUCAUCAUUUGUAUUGCUUCUUUUUUUAUUGCAUUAGAAACCAAUCAGUCUAUAUUACAUUUUGUAUCAUUGAGUAUCAAACUAAAGUGUCAAGCUGUUAAGUGUGUUAUUACUGAGUAUCAAACUUAAGUGUCCAGCUGUUAAGUGUGUUAUUACUGAGUAUCAAACUUAAGUGUCCAGCUGUUAAGUGUGUUAUUACUGGGUAUCAAACUAAAGUGUCCAGCUGUAGGGUAAUGUUAAAAUAAUUAAAACCAGUACAACUCCUAUUGCGAUACAUUGCAUUGUUUACGGAACUAAAAAUGCAGUAAGAUGCACUAGGAGGUUGUCAGUACUUUUUUAAACUUUUGUAAAAGAAAAUAAUAUGAUUUUUUUAAAACUAAAAACUGUCUAUAGCCUUUUUUUUUUACUGAAAAUUUGUUGAAAGUAAGUGCCUAUAUUACAGUGUCAGUUGCCUAGCAACCAAAGCUCAAAGGGAUUCAUUAAUAUCUAAAUUAAUCUAAAAUGACCUUGUAAAGUGUAUAGGAUCUACCUGGGAAAUGAGUGUUUAAGAAAGUUUUUUUGGUGCUAUAAGUAUUAAAAGUAUGUAUAUUGAUAAUUAGACAUUGAUCUAUUUUUAAUGUUGUUUUGUUUUUGCAUUACAUUAAUAAUAAUAAAAUGUUUCAUUUAGA